UCGAGAAUCGAGGGAGCGAGUCGGCAUGUCCGACAUGGCAGCCGCCCUGGGCCGGCUCGUCUUCCUUCUCCUCCGCGGACCGUGAACAGCCGCCGCUCCCGCGAUGCUCGCCGCGUGAACGUGCCCGAGCAACAGCAACAUCAGUAACAUCAUUAACAACAUCAACGGACAAACAUCUCCCUCAGUUAAAGGGAUGGACACCGUUCGUCUCGACUUCCCGGCGUUGCCCGCCGCAAAGGCCGAGGAGACCGGGGACUGGACUUACACCAUGAGAAGAGACAUGCAGGAGAUCUUACCGGGCUUGUAUCUGGGACCCUUCUCUGCUGCCAUGCGAAGCAAGUGGCCAAUCUUGGAAAGCCGAGGAAUAACGCACAUCGUGUGUGUCCGGCAAGACAUAGAAGCCAACUUUAUCAAGCCAAACUUCCCUGAUUGUGUACGUUACUUGGUUCUGAACAUAGCUGACAGUCCUGUGGAUAACAUCAUCCGAUACUUCCCAAUGACAAAAGAUUUUAUUGACGGAUGUUUGCAAAGUGGAGGGAAAGUUCUUGUGCAUGGAAAUGCUGGCAUCUCAAGAAGUGCUGCCCUUGUGAUCGCCUAUAUUAUGGAAACAUUUGGACUCAAGUACAGGGAUGCGUUUGUUUACUUGCAGCAAAGAAGAUUCUGUAUUAAUCCAAACGUUGGAUUUGUGAACCAGCUACAGGAGUAUGAAGCGAUUUACCUGGCACGUCUUACCAUAAAGAAGCUCUCUCCUUACGACAUUAAACCUGCGCAUGCACAUGGGUCCGGCAAGAGGAUGCUGGAGGAGGAUGAGGAGACCGAUGCCCCCUCGUUGCACAACAGAAUCUGUGGAACUGUUUCAAAAUGAAAUAUCUCCAUCCGAUAAUUUAAGUGUUUGUAAAUUGUGAGUCGGGUCAAACCUGGCAGCAGCACAUCACUUUUAAUUGUGCAGACCACCAACAUUUUCUGGAGCCUCGGCAGAUCGAAUAUCCAGUAACGUAUCCUAGUACUAAUUUGACAUGGCUCUGUAUAGUUUCAACAACAAAUUAAAUAUUGGUAUCGUAAUAUAGUUUUCGUUGUCGACGCAGUUACCACCAAGUCAUGCUACAUGUCCUUCAAAUGAAAUUUGAUUUUAAAGAGGAAAAGGAUUAACUUGAGAUGCAAAAAAGAAACAAAUUUAAGAGAAAAAAAUAUGCUGUUUUGAAGUUUAAAAUAUUUAUUUUAAUAUUUGCGUUUUUAAAAAAACUAAAAACCUAAAAAAGGAUAAAAACAACAAACACAUUUCUUAGGAUUUUGCAUUGCAUAGAUGUCAGGAGUUAGACAUUGGUGUUACUGUAGUGGUGUUUACUGUAGUGUGGCAUUUAAUUUGUGCAAAUGAGCCUAUAGCAUUGAUGCGUGUCAAUUGUUUUGUGUUUAUGUUGUAAAAAAAUAUUAAAUAAAAUGGUAAAACAAAGCAAAUGAAA